CCCGCCGCUCCGAGCCGCCGCCCAGAUCCCUCCUCUCGCCUCGCCGCUCGCUCCUCCCGGCUCGGCCGCGCAGGGAGUGGCAGGGCGGCUGGCGGCCGCGGUGGCAUCCUGCGGUGGCACCGAGCCCUGCCCCGCUCCGCCGGGCAGCGCCAGGGUGUGUGACAAUGGAAGAAGAGGUUCACCAUCAAGAAGCCUGAGCGGUGACACCAGGACAGCUCUUGAGACACUGGCAACAGGAGCCUGAGAGACAGGAAUCAUGCUGAAGCCAAGUGGACUUAAAAUCCCAGGCAGGGCUGGGAAGCACUCCAGCCCAGUGGGACGGGCAUCAGGGAGCACCACAGCUGCUGUCACCACUGGCUCAAAGGAAGGCUCACCUUUACACAAGCAGGGCACCACGUCCGCCAGCAGCGCCGAGAAGUCGGGCUCGAAGGUUGCCGAGGUGGGCGAUGACUUCCUGGGAGACUUCGUGGUGGGCGAGCGCGUGUGGGUGAACGGAGUGAAGCCAGGAGUGAUCCAGUACCUCGGGGAGACGCAGUUUGCCCCGGGCCAGUGGGCAGGGGUUGUGCUGGAUGACCCUGUGGGUAAGAAUGACGGCUCUGUUGGAGGGGUGCGCUACUUCGAGUGCCAGCCGCUGCAGGGGAUUUUCACGCGGCCGUCCAAGCUGACGCGGCAGCCGGUGGCCGAGGGCUCGGGGAGCGACGCGCCCUCCGUGGACUCGCUGACAGCCCAGAACUUGUCCCUGCACUCGGGGACAGCCACGCCACCGCUGUCCAGCCGCGUGAUCCCGCUGCGGGAGAGCGUCCUCAACAGCGCCAUGAAAACAGGCAACGAGUCCGGGUCGAACCUGUCGGACAGCGGGUCCGUCAAGAAGGGGGAGAAGGACUUGCGCCUUGGAGACCGCGUGCUGGUCGGAGGGACGAAGACGGGAGUGGUGCGCUACGUGGGAGAGACGGACUUUGCCAAAGGAGAGUGGUGUGGCGUGGAGCUGGACGAGCCCCUGGGCAAGAACGAUGGGGCAGUUGCUGGUACAAGGUAUUUCCAGUGCCCACCCAAGUUCGGGCUCUUUGCUCCCAUCCACAAGGUGAUCCGCAUCGGGUUCCCGUCCACCAGCCCUGCCAAGGCCAAGAAGAGCAAGCGCAUGGCCAUGGGGGUGUCGGCGCUGACCCACAGCCCCAGCAGCUCCUCCAUCAGCUCCGUCAGCUCCGUGGCCUCCUCCGUCGGGGGCAGGCCCAGCCGCAGCGGGCUGCUGACAGAGACCUCUUCUCGAUAUGCCAGGAAGAUCUCUGGCACCACAGCUCUGCAGGAGGCCCUGAAGGAGAAGCAGCAGCACAUUGAGCAGCUGCUGGCAGAGAGGGACCUGGAGAGGGCAGAGGUUGCCAAGGCCACCAGCCACAUCUGUGAGGUGGAGAAGGAGAUUGCCAUCAUGAAGGCCCAGCACGAGCAGUAUGUCACAGAGGCAGAAGGAAACCUCCAGCGAGCACGAGCCUUGGUGGAUGGGAUGCAGAAGGAGAAGAUUGAGCUGUUGAACCAGCUGGAAGAGGAGAAGAGGAAAGUGGAGGACCUGCAGUUCCGUGUGGAGGAAGAAUCCAUUACAAAGGGAGAUCUGGAGUGUCUUCGGUUGAUGCAGGAAAACCCUGAACAGACUCAGACGCAGUUGGAGCAUGCCCGAAUUCGGGAGCUCGAGCAGAGCCUGCUGUUUGAGAAGGCACAGGCUGAGAAACUCCUCAGAGAAUUAGAGGACUCCAGGCUGACCACGGUGGCGGAGCAGUCGCGGAUCCUGCAGCUGGAGGAGGAGCUGAGCCUGCGGCGCAGCGAGGUGGACGAGCUGCGGCAGUGCCUGCAGAGCGCGCACCCCGCCGGCAGCCCCGAGCACGGCCUGGGGCUGCAGUCAGAGGCGCUCCGGCUCCGGGACCAGCUGCUGUCCGCCAACAAGGAGCACCAGAAGGAGAGCAGCCAGCUCAAGGAGAGGUACGAGAAGACGCUCAAGAAGUACCAGCAGGAGAUGGAGAAGCUGAAGGCCGUCAAUGAGAAGUACGCGCAGGAGAUCGUCGACCUAAAGGAAAAAGUUCAGCAGGCCACCAACGAGAACAUGGGGCUCAUGGACAACUGGAAGUCCAAGCUGGACACGUUGGCUUCUGACCACCAGAAGUCUCUGGAGGACCUGAAAGCCACGCUCAACUCAGGCCCUGACACCCAGCACAAGGAGAUUGUGGAGCUGAAGGCAGUGGUGGAGAGCAUAAAGCUGGAGCACCAGCUUGAGUUGGAGAACCUGAAGGCAAAGCACGACAUUGAGACGGCUGUCCACAUAAAGGAGAAAGAGAGUCUCAAACUGAAGCUGCAGGAGGCUUUGGAUGAAGUGGAAAAAAGCAACAGCAACUGGAAAAUGCAACUGGAAACCAAAAGCAGUCAGCACCUUCUUGAGCUCCAGGAUGUGAAGGACAAGUGUCGAGAUGCUGAGCUGAGGGUGCAUGAACUGGAGAAACUUCAUGGUGAAUAUACAGACCAGACAGAAGCAAUAGCUUUCUUGAAAGAGCAGAUAUCUUUGGCUGAAAAGAAGAUGUUGGACUAUGAAACGUUACAGAAAACAGAAGCCCACAGCAAACAGGAAAUCCAAAGAUUGCAGGAAAAAGUGCUUGUCUUAGAGAACAAGCUGCAGUCCAUGGAGGCCCUGCAUCCUUCUCAGCAUGCAAAUAUGAUUGAGACAAAUGAUAUUUCAGAAGAAAAGAUAAAGAUGAAGCAGACUAUGGAAGACCUCCAAGACAAGCUGAGUAAAAGAGACAAGGAGGUGUCAUCCCUGGUGACCCAGACUGAAACUCUAAGGGCCCAAGUAAGUGCUUUGGAAAACAAAUGCAAAACAGCAGAAAAGAAGGCUGACUCGGUGUUUAAAGAAAAGAAGAGGUUGGAAGGAGAACUGGAAGCUUUGACCAAGAAAACACACGAUGCCUCAGGGCAACUGGUCCUGAUCAGCCAGGAGCUGCUCAAGAAGGAAAGGAGCCUGAACGAGCUGCGGGCGCUGCUGCUGGAGGCGAACCGGCACUCGCCGGGGCCGGAGCGGGACCUCAGCCGGGAGGUGCACAAAGCCGAGUGGCGCCUCAAGGAGCAGAAGCUCAAAGACGACAUCAAGGGCCUUCGAGAGAAACUGGUUGUGCUGGACAAGGAGAAGUCGGUGAUGGACCAGAGGCGGUACUCCCUGAUCGACCCCUCCUCGGAGUCGGAGGUGAUCCGGCUGCAGCACCGCCUGGUCAGCACCGAGGACGUGCUGCGCAACGCCCUGGAGCAGGGCCACCAGAUGGAGAAGCUCAUGGAAGCAAUGAGGCUCUCCUCUGAGAAAACACAGACUGUUGGAAAUUCUGGGUCUGCUAAUGGGAUUCACCAGCAGGAUAAACCCCACAAGCAAGAGGAGAAGCUCUGAUAGAGAAGAGGUGAAAAGGAUCAUUUCACGCCAGUAUCAGCUCCUCUGCACAGUCAGGAAAAAAACACCACAUCUGGCUUUAGCACCUCCAGAAGACCACACACAGUAUUUUCACUUUAAAGCAGGACAAUGUUUAUAAUGUACUAACUGAUGUAAUCAGGACAAUCCCAGAGUCCAGUUUUCCAAGACAGCCAUUGUUCCAGGAGGGAGCAGAAAGACCUCUCUGGGUUUGGUUUCUUACUUGUAUUGGUUUUGACUGUGGAAUUUGUAUUGUUUGAGCUGCCCUUGUCCCACCAGCUGACGUGGUUUGGAUGACAGCUGCCCUGACCUGUGGCUGAAGUGUCAGCAGGUCCCAGUAACCCCACAGGAGCUGCAAAGGGAUUUGUCUGUGGUGUUCAAAGCAGGUGCCCAUAGGCUGCACCCUUCCCACGGGGUCUGUCCUUCCCUCCCACACACCCUGGUGUCCUGAGGACCUGCACAAGUGAGUGAAACCUGCUGGGCUGGUGAUGGGAGGUUUGGGGACAUGUUCCCCUUCUCCCUGUGUGGAAGACAUCACUGUUUUAGAGCGGAGGCUGCACUUGUUCUUGUAUUAUAGCAUGUCAUGGGAAAUAAUCCAGUUUCAGAGGGAUAUUUAUUUUGUUUCUGCUCCCCUGCCAUUUGGGGAAGAAGCUGUGGUGGCUCCAGGUUUGGGGUCAGGCCCACCUUGCCUGGGUGUAGUUGGCCUUUCCUCCUGCAGUGGGAUCUCUGAGCAGGCCUGCUGGAGUCCUGUGCCACAGCCAGCUCGGUCCCCCUCACUCCUGGGGGGUUCAUUGGGUCUCUUUUGAACUCAGGACUCCACAGAUGCUGCAUCUCAGCAUCCUGGCCUCGGAGCUCCGUGCUGGGGGCAGUCAGUGUGGGGAGGUGCAUUGAGCAAAUGCUUCCCCCCUUACCUGUUUAAUUUAACAGCUAACUGUGAUUGCCUGGUGCUUUCCAGAGCUGUCCUUGGUUCUUCAGUGUGAUGCUCAUCCCCUGCUGCCCGGAAGGGAUGAGGUGAAGGUGCUGCUGUGAGCCUUGGUGGCUUCAGCAAUCCUCUGUGCAUGACCUGAGUGUAUUUGGAGCAGAGCCCACUCAGCUCUUGUGUCUGUACCAGCAGAGGAUCUUGUUCCUUCUUCCCAAGGCUUUACUGUAAGUUUGCACCACAGCUCCCAAGCAAUAUUAGGGCAGGGAAAGGUGACAAAAUGCUCUUAAAGGUGUGGAAGAGCCCAGCUCAGGUUCACUCUUCAGUAGCACAGGGAACAGUCACAGCAAUAUUUUUCCAGGUUUCUCCCAGUUGGUGCCCAGCUCCCCCAGUCUCCAUGAGCUUUUGUGCUAUGAUGGGGCAUCUGUGAAAGGACAAGAUGGGAGAGGAGAUCUGAGCCAGACCCCAGCAGGUGAACAUGAUGCCACAGCAGCUCUCUUGCUUUUUGCCCUGAUUUCACACAAAGUUGUGUCACUUCCUCUUCAUGAGCUGCCAGAAGCAGCCUGGGCAAGACCUGAGCUUCAUGGCUGCAGUCUUGCCAUGAGGAGGUGACACUGAACACUUGACCCUUCUCACCUGAUGCAGGAUUGGUGAUCUCCUGUCCUUCAGAGGAAGGGAGAGGAAGGGCACUUCAGGGGAGUAAAGCAGGUCAGGAGUCACAGCAGAAAUCUGCACAUGGUAGGAGGAGGCAGAGUGUGGGAUCAAACUGGCUGGAAAUAAUUCAUGUAGGAUUCCAUCCUGCCUUGUACAAGUGUCUCUUCAGCUCUUACUAAUCACCAGGAAGGUUGCCACAUCUCUGCCUAGCUCUGGGAGUUUCCCAAGGGAUUGUAGGAGUGGUUUCCAAAACCCUCCUGGUUGAGUAUUCAUCCAAGUGAUUUUUGAAAGUCCCAGAGGGAGAUUUUGUUUGUUACAGCCCUCAAUAGUGAAUACCUCACUGCUGUUUUUAAGAAUUUAGGGCUGAUGUUUCCCAAAAUGCUCUUGUUGGCAGGAUAGUCUCUGAAGUCAUGUCUGCAGGCCCCGUGGGCUUCCCUGGGCUUUCUGGGCACCUGAAAGAGGGAGGCCCUGUUCUGGUUUGUAACUUAUUUUCUGUUAUGGGUCUUAUAGUGACUUGUGACCCGCUGCCUUCACCCACAGCAGAUACCUGUGUUUUACAGCUCCCUUUGGCUCUGUACAGAGUGGGAUCUCCUGGGUUAUGGGGACCAUGUAUUUGGUUCUGUUGAUCAGAUCUAAAGUUGUCAGGCUGGAAGAGUCUCUGGCUCCUGCCUCUUCCCAGGGACAUCCUCUGAGAGCAGCUCAGACCUGUGGCUUUUCCCAUUCAGCUUGGGAGAUAAUGCAGAACAGGAUCAGAUGGGUUCAGACCAGGUUCAGUGUCAGUGCAUGGUUUUUGUCUGGCUGUAAAUGACUGCUGGUCCCUGAGGAUCAGCCAGGAGCUUGUUGGCACUGCUUGGCUCUCUGUGCAGGCUGUGUGGUCACUGUGUUCCAGCCCCUCGCCCACUGGGGUGCAGGUCCAUGGGAGCUGCUCCCAAACAGGAUCCACAAUGCCAACAGGAUGUGCUGGAGUGUGCUCAUGUGGGCUUCAGCUCAGCCCUGUGUAAGGGGCCAGGAGGGGUUGGACUCACUCACUUCUCCCUCUCCAAAAUUAGCACAGGCUUCCCCAGGGCCCCAGCUGCCUUUCUGAGGUGGUAAAAGACCACACUAGGGACAAACAUGGAAAGGACAAGGGGGAGAUUCCCCAGACCCUCUAUUUAUUUGUAAGUUUAAGUGCUAUUUUUACCUAUGUGGUGGUGUAUAAAGUACUUGAUGAUACUUGGUCUUACUGGCUUGGUUCUCUGGGAGAGCGUUCGGGGGCACUGGAGCAGUGGUGCACCCUUGUCCUGUUGUUGAUCCAGGCUGGUUCCUGUUUGUGCCUUCACUCCCCCUUUGGCUUCAGCCUUGCUCUUACCUCGGUCCCCGGGAGCUGGUAAGGGAGGGCUGUGCUUGCCCCAGCCUUUCUCCCAGCCUGAGAAGGCCAUGCUGGUUUUCCAUCUGGAGAUGGGUCCUGAGCGUCCUGUCCCAGAGCCGCGGUGCAGGGUGGGGAGCAGGAGGGGCCGUGCUGCUGGAGCCUGGGCCCCAGGGCAGGACGGGCACCACGCCUGUGGGAGCAGCCCCCACAGCCAGUGGCACUGCCCUGACAGUCAGUGAUGCUUUUCUGCUGAGAGCUGAGCCCUUAUGCAGGGAGAAAACAGCCUUUGGGAUGGAGACUACUUACUACUGAGUGAUUUCUCCUCUAACUCUCAAAACCAAAGGGAAAAGAAUCAGUCUUGCUUGGGAAUGUCAACUUUAUCCCUCCUGCAGCAUCCAGAGAGCUGGAGCAAGGGGCAGCACCAUGCUGGUGCCCCAUGGAAUGGGAGUACCAAGCUGCCUGGGUGUUACAGCUCUUGGAAUGACUGGUGCCAAGCUCCAGCCAAGGCCUUACAGCUCCUGCCUCCCCCGGCCACCAGCAGCUCCUCUGACUUGCAGUAGAGAUGCAUAAGGGUUCCAUUAAACAAAACGAUGCAAAUGACACUGUAAAAGUCUUAAUGGAAAUUCCAGUACUCCGUUAUUCAGCAGCUUUAGCAGCUCAGCACUAUCUGUAGGGAGUUAUUAAUACACUAAGAUCCUAUAGGCCUCCUGUAAGUUACCAGAAAAAAGAUGAUACUAGAUGUAUAAAUGGAUGAUAACCUUUUACCCAUACAGUAUGUAUUACAAUUACAAUUUUGUAGCUUAGUCAUUUUUUGGCUAUCAGAUUUUGUUAGUAUGAUACAAAAAAAAAGACAAAAAAAAAAAAGAAGGUUUGACUGCUAAUGUCUAUUUUGUUAUUUGAUUCAUUUUCCUCCUCUGUACAAAAGCUGUACAAAUCUGUCUGUAACUCCCCCACAUCUGUAUUCAUGUACCAUCCCCCUUGUCCUGGCUUGCUGGUGUGGUGAGCUCCUACUAAACAAUAAACUCUGUGGCUGAA